CCGCUUCACCGCAGCGCUCUGGGGCGCCCGGCCUCGGGGACCGCCCCGAGGGGCGCCCACUGCCUCCCCCCGCCCCGGGCCCCGACCGCGCAGCCCAAACAGGAGCCGCUUCCCCGCGGCCUCCCGCCCCGAUCCGGCGGCAGCGGGCUCCGGGAAGUACCUUUAUGACGCAAUCGCUCCCCUGGUGACGGGCACCGUUACCCGGGCCUGGGCGGAGCCUGAGAGAGACUCACGGGGGCGGGGCAUCGCUGCCAGCAACGGCGGCGACGAAACGCUCGAGCGGUGCGCGCGGGCGCGCCCCUCCCCUGUGGGCGCCCCUCCCAGCACCUGCCUCGCGCAAGCCCCCCGCCCCGGCCCCGCGGUGACGUCAGCCGGUGCCUGGCAGAGGGAGCCGCUGUGCGCGCGCGGAGCCCACCCCCGCCUCCCCCGGGGCGCCGCGCCCUCGCCCCGCCCCCCCCCAGCUCGCACCCAGCAACCGCCGCCGAGACAUGGCGAGUGCGGGGUCGCCGCGGCGGCAGCGGGUCGCAGAGGCGGGCGGUGGCUGCGAGGUCCCCGGGGCUCGGAGCGCGGCGGCGGCGGCGGCCGGGGGGACCCAGCAGCAGCAGCAGCAGCCGCCGCCGCCGGAGCCCGCGGCCGGAGAGGAAGAGCCGGAGCAGGUGUCAGGCGGGGCCGCGCCCGCGCUGCUGGGGGAGACCGGGCUGGCGCUGGGCGGCUGCAUCGCGGCUGCUCUGAGCUGGGAGAGGCCGCUCCGCAGCCUGGGCGGGUUCGUCUGCGCCAACCUGCUGUUCUGGUUCCUUGCACUGACUCCUUGGAGAGUAUAUCAGCUGACUUCUCUCAUAAUACUUGGGAUUGUAAUUAUGCAGAUAAUGAAGGAUAUGGUAUUGUCUCGGGUAAAAGGUGCACAGCUAUGGAGGAGCCUCACUGACAGCUGGGAAGUCAUCAAUUCCAAACAUGACUACAGGCCCAGAAUAAACCAAUGUAUUGUAGAUGCAUUGGUGAAUUUAUUUCUAUUUCUUCAAGAAAUGUCACACUUCAAAGAGAAAAACCCUGGCAAGUUUUGCCUUCUGGUCUGCAGUGUGUGUACAUUUUUCACUAUCUUGGGUAGUUACAUUCCUGGAAUUGUACUCUCCUACUUUCUAUUACUGUGUGCCUUUUUAUGUCCGCUGUUCAAGUGCAAUGAAUUUGGGCAGAAGAUGUGCAACAAAAUCAAGUCAGUUCUGCUGAAACUGGAUUUUGGAAUUGGAGACUAUAUCAAACAAAAGAAGAGAGAGAGAUCUGAAACUGCAAAACCAAAAUCCACGGAAGAGGACAGUGAAUUAGACAUAUCAGCCCUGUGUCCUAAGAUUAGUCCUACUGUUAUUGCUAAAGAGCUAUCGGUGUCUGACACAGAUGUAUCAGAGGUAUCUUGGACUGAUAAUGGGACCUUUAAUUUAUCUGAGGGAUACACUCCACAGACAGAUACAUCUGAUGAUUUUGACCGACCUAGUGAUCAUGAAGAAGCUUUUGCCAGAGAUCUUGCAGAAUUUCCCUCUCUAGAAAAUGGUGCAGGAACAAAUGAUGAUGAUGACUCGAGCAUUGGCAUUCCCAUCCAGCAGAAGAGAAAAAAGGAACAGAUCCCUUCCAAGAUGGCUCAUUCUCCCAGACAGAGGAAAGAGAGGCAGUCUGCCACAGGUCUCUCCCUUCCUUUGACCACUGACCAAACCUUUAACUUAGUGAGUGAUAUUGCUGGUGAUGUUAUUGCAGCUGCAGUGUCUGCCGCCAUCAAAGACCAGCUGCAGUCCACACAGCCAGCACCCUCACAGGUAGUCCCCAGUUUGAGUGAGGAGACAGACACAGAAGAAGCUGAUGAUUUUGAACUGCUUGACCAAUCAGAGCUUGAGCAGAUUGAGAGUGAACUGGGGCUUACACAAGGCCAAGAAGAAAAGCCACAGGAAAAAAAGAAAUCUUCAGGCUUCCUUUCAAAUCUGCUUGGAGGUCAUUAACCUGGAAAUUGGAGCUAGUAAUGUAGCAGAAGUGAAACACAAAAUCAAAUGCAAAAAAAAGGAAAAUGCUCAGCUGUAAGCUUUAACUAUUACUUCAGAUGUGUUGUAAUAAUUUCCCUUACACAGAGUGAAUUAAUUGAAUACAUAUCAGCUGACCCUGAUAGUUUAAUGUUUCUGAUAGUUAUGCCUCAAUGUAGUAGCAUGGAAAUGAAGUAUCUAGCCACUCUGGUCACUUAUGUUAGAAGUCAGUUGUUAUUUAAGAAAAAAUUAAAUUGCCAAAUCUAGAUUUUGGGGCCAAAUCUAGAUUUUGGGGUCCUCAGUCAAAUGCUCUUCACCUUCAGUUUGUUUACACUUAGUUUUCAAGCAUCCAAAGCAGUUAAUGUACAGUGAAGAGAAAUUAUGAAUAGGAUGCAGUGAGAUUAGCAAAAUCUUAUCUGCCUCUAUUAUAGUGAAAUAUCUAGAUCCCUAUUGUGUGUGGCACGUUCGAUGUCCAUAUUCUGCAUAAACCUCAAAUUUAAGGAUGUGUGCAACGCCAUCAAAAUUAACAAAAGUGGUGUUGCAUAUGCAAACUUUCAAAUUAAUUUUUUGAUAAGCUGAUACAUUUCCAAGUUAUCUCUGAUGUUUUAGGCUUGUAGAGUUAUGAAAUGGCAUGCUACUAAAUUGACCGCCUGCUGUAUUCUCUGCUAGAGUCUGGUACUGGGCAGCAAUGUCCAUAAAAAGCAAGGCAAAAACAAUGUUACACUUGAGAUUAUGAAUAUCAUGUAAACUGAACAAGGCCUUUGUUGUUUUGUUUUUUAAUUUUAGUUUGGAAUAGGGAAACCAAGAAUAUUCAAGGUGAACAGAGAGAGGCUUUUUACCUGCCAAUACCUGCAGUCAGGGUUCUGUUUUUUUCAUGAGACAGUUGCUAUCACUCCUAACUGAAGUUAUUAGAGAGUUAUUCUUUAAGCUGUAUCUGGUGUUCAGUGAGGCCAGAUGUUAGAGAAGAAACACAGAAACUUCUUGUCAUACAAGUGAAGGAGGAACUUGUAUAAAAAUAUUUAUUGGUAAUUUUUAACUCCUCACAUACUCAGACUGGCUUGGGAUCUUAAGUAACUUAGUCCGUUUUCUUUUUGUUUUUCAAGAUUUUUGGUUCACCUUUAAACAAAGAUGAAAGGCAAUGCCCAUUUAAGGUAAACAAAGAUUAACGGGAAGAAGUAAAGCUAGUUUUAUUAAUGAGCUGUAAAUUGUUAGCAGGGUUGAGGGACCAUGUCAGCUGUUAUCACUAAUCUUUAUGUGAUCUCCUAUUUGCUGGCAUUUUACAGGUGAAUGUUGUCAUCUAGAUCUGUCAGAAAGUUCAAACCAAGCUUAUAGCAAGGUCAGCUUUUCUUCCAUAAUAGAAUAUAUUUAGAAAAAAAACUUGUUUUGAAGUAGCACCGUUUUAAAUUUGUUUUUCUUUCUGAGGCAUUUAAAAGCUAGACAGAUUGCCAAAAAGAUUUUAGGUAAAGGAAAGCUAUGGAAGACUUUUGACACUAGCUUUAUUGUUGCUUGUGCUUGUGUGUCAGUAAUGCAUAUUAACUGUGUUUGCUGUCCUUUAUCGGUACAAAAGUGAGCCUGUGCCUUCAUUAUCUAACCCAUCCUGAAAGAAGUGAAAACUGGAUAUAGAGGCCACAAAAUGUAGUUUUUAAAAUUACAUCAUCUUGACAUUUAAUACAAGUUUCUGAAAAAUAUAGAAAACACACCCAUAUAUUUUAUGCAGUGUUAGCUGUUAAGUUGUUUUAUGACUUUUUCCCAGCUUGUGCAUUCCCAUUUAGUAAACAAACAAACACAAAGGCUGUGGUCACGAAAUUAGUGAGUGUAAAAGCCAUUUCAGUUUCUCAAAUGAAUAAAGAACACUGUUUCCUUAAUGCAUGUUUAAGACAAUCUACAUAGUCAGAAGAGUAUAAGUUACAAGUCACCGAUGAAGCUUUCAGAACAUCUUGACAUUAGUAUGCUUCCCUGUGUGAUAGUACAAGUAACAAGAAUAUUAACAGGGUACAACACAUGAAGAAACUGGAUAGGCAGGGCUGGAGAGGGGGAGGUCUUUAACAAGACUGUAAGUGGAUGAUGAGUCAUGCUAGCUUACUGUCGAUGGUGGCAUUGUAACAGUGUGCACUUUAUUGUUUUCUGAAGAAUAUUUGUGGUUACAAAAUUAUAUAAUACAGGGGCACUCUUAUAGAAAUGCAAAUUACAUCAAGGAAGAAAAGCAGUUGCAGGAGGAGUUGCUCAGACUUUUUGUAAAUGAUCCAUUUUCUGGUUUCAAGAUAGAAAAGUAAACCAAUUUGACUACAUGUUCCAGUGUGGAAUAAGUCCUGAAUUGUCCAUAAGGAAGCAAGGCAAAACAAACCUGAACAUACAACAUACUGAAAUGUGGGAGCACAACUGCUCAUUACCCUGUGUUUGGCUUUUUAAAAUAUUUUGUUCUUCUGUUUUUAUAGUAGUUAAAUAAUCAUUAACUGUUCAAGACCCAAAUACUGCAGGAUUGGAAGAAUAGGACUUAAUAAAAAUUAUUAGUAGUAAUAAAAUUAUAGCAUAUCUUUCAUACUUUAUUAAUAUCAGAUUGGCCCACGAGCAUCUGUGAGAGCUGAAAAAGGAGGCUUUGAGCUCUGAAUAGUAAAUAAUUGAGCAUGCCAUGAUUUUCUGCAAAACUUUCUCAAAAAAAGACAGCGGAAGUCAGAAGUACUUGGUUCAGAAAUAAUUAAGAAAUAUUGGUUAUGCAUUCCCUUUGCAUUAGUUGGACAGUUGAGCAUGAAGAAACAUUUUCUGUUCUUCUAAAAGAUCCCGUUCACAGUGUGUUCAGUUGGAAUUCGUAUUAGGGAUCCUAAGUUUGCUGCACUCAGCAGCAGCAGCAACAAAAUAAGCUACUGAAGAAUUACAUCAGUUUACAAUCUUGCAAUAAUUCGCAUGGCUUCUUUCCUACCAAGAGUCCUGCCACCUUCAAAAAUUAAUAAAAUUACAGAAACAAAGCCAUAUGAGUAUUAGAGUAAAUUAAAUAGUGUAAAAGUGUAUAUUUGCUUCAUAGAAAACGUGUUUAGACACAAUGUAUUGUAAAAUAUUAUAUACACACAUUGAGCUAGAUAGUGAUUGUAUCUUUAAAGGAUUUCUCCAUUUGUUAGAAGAGUAUAUAUGGACCCCCCUCGUUCAGUCCUCCUUACUCAAUAAAAUUCCUAUUGACUUAAUUGGGCCUGUUGCCCUAGUAAGAAUGGCUGAAUUGGGGGCCUUAAUUAUGUCACUCCUGUUUCUUGAACAAUAUGUAAAUCCAGAAUAAAGGACCCUUUCAAAAAGCUUAAACUUGGAGAUAGAAGCCUUUUUGGCACAUACAUAGUCAUAAAUGCAUACCUUUAAUCCUUUAGUGAGCUUGUUUCUUUUUUAAAUUGAGUCUACAAUGAGGAGGGAUAGCUUAGUUUAUUUGAGCACAGAUAAAUAGGACAUUACUAAAUAUGAAAAAAUACAGAUUUUACUUGCUUUUAGUUCAUUUUGCACUUAUUCCAAACGAAUGCCCAUUUAACUAAGCACUCUGUUGAACAGACAUACCUUGGUCUCCAUUUAUUUAAUAUGAAAGCAAUUAAUGGUCUCUAGACAAGCUAUCCAGGUAACCAGAAACUGGAAAAUUACAGAAUGUCUUAAACUGUUUAUCUAAAAUAUUUUGCAGCACUUUACCUAAUAUGAUUACUGUUUUAUAAACAUGGAAUUAUUAUUAAUUAUUAUUAUUGUAAUUGUUUGUAAAACCAUUUAAUAAAUAUGGUAGUUUUUAUCUUUCAUUAUAUAAAAUUGUAUAUUUGUUAUUCCAAAAAUAUAACUUUAGUCAAGUUAAUGCCACUUUUUUUCCCCUCCUAAUCUGAUGUGAACCACUGUUUAAUAGUGUGGAGGGUCAUACUAAUAAAUGAUCUUAGCUCUCA